GUAUACGCAAUACACGUUAACGUUGAAUACGUUGGAUGCAAAACGAGUCGUGCGUCUACCCUCGGCGACGUUUCCACGGCAUAAAUAUGUAAAUACAGUAUGGCCGAAAGAAGCGGAAGCUUCUCCACUUUCCCGGAUGGCAUUUCGCUAUGCGACUGAGGGAACCGUAACGUUUCGCCGCUGAAUGUAAUCCCGUGGAUUCACGAAUUCCCGGAACGAAAUGACGUAAAUACCUCCGCCGAGAUCUUUCACAGCGUAUUUCGACCGCACCGAUAAGAAUGUCACUCGGUCGUCACUGGUAAGAAAGAGCGAAAGAGAGAGAGAGAGAGAGAGAGCGCGCGCGAGAGAGAGAGAAAGAGAGAGAGAGUGAAAGGAAGAGGGAGAGAAAUGUUAUGUUUAUAUCUCGGCGAGGUAGGAGUGUAGGAGGACACAUUCGUGAGCUGUGAAAUAUCGCGGGAGAAUAUGGAAUCGAACGUACGGAAGCGUCAGUGCACGUUCUAACGCUAUGCCGCGGCAGGCCUACACCGCGUGCCCCGACAUUCCGCUCGCCGACGAUGUCAAAGCCAUAGGCGCUGCCAUGGACACGGACGUGGAGCUCGGCAAGGGCGAGGGGUGCGAGACUAUACCGGGCUGCUCCGGCUACUCGAGCAUGGUGCACAGCAAGAAGGUCAUUAAGCACGCGUUGCGACAGCAAGCCAAGCGGCGCCGUAAGAACACGACGAUAGCGUCCGGCAAUUCGCGCACGUUGCCCAGGAUCGUUGUCAAACCGCUGCCGCCGCCGCCGCCGAACGAUCCACCAUCCCCGGUCAACAACGUGCAGCACAUCAACACCGCACCGGAAGAACCUGCUGCAACAAUGAGAGAAGUUUUGGCUAGUUUACCUGGAUUUAGCUUAAAGUCAAGCCGCAGGAGAUCUACAAAGAGACUGUCCGCAACUGCGCAAUUAGAAGCUGGUCUCGUGGAUUUGGAGUCCCCAGCGAGUAUAUUAGCAAGUACGAGCUUACGCGCUCUGUUAAAUAGGCAUACAUUUCAAGGCUUGCCUCCACUGUAUCAACGGAAGCUCGCACAACUCCUGCCUGCUGUAGAUAGACAGGAUGCUGCUAUCUCUGGAUUGAACAAUGAAUUUUUUGCGAGAGCUUGCCUAGAAUGGCGGAAACGUUUAGCAGAAGGAGAAUUCACUCCAGAAAAUCAGCAACGCCUGAAGAUGGAAGCGGAACGGGAUAAGAAUAAGCUAGAUCCGUGGAAAGUGAAGCAUUUUGAACCGAUAUGGGGAGAAAAGCGAGAGCCUAAACUUAAAUCGAAUCUCCAUUAUAUUACCGAGUCACGUUCUAGUGGUGCAGUAACACGUUCAAGUUUAAGACUUCGUCUGGAAGCUAAUGUGGAUAUUCCUACGUCGGAACAUGCUGUCUGUCCUAUUGUAAUGACAGAAGAUAAAGUCGACACCAGCUGCAAAACCGAAAUCAGCAUAAAGAGUUCCGACGAUUUAGUUAAUUCUGAAGAGGUGCAACAACAUUUAAUGCCCUUAGAUUAUAAUACAUUACCGGACAAUGUGACUGAUGAGAAACAUUUAGAUGACUCCAUGCGAGUGAAUUCCAUAGAAGUGUCAGAAGAUAUUCAAAUGCAUGAAAGUAAAAUAGAGGAUGCUGACAAGAUCACAGAUAUUUGCGAGAAACGAGAUAUGCUUGAGGCUGAUGAUAUUGCGAGGCAAAUAUGUCAAGAAGCCAUUUCGAAUGUCUACGAGGAAGAAACAGAUUUUUCCUCGAGCGAGAAAAAUUUGCCACCUAUAGAAAAUAACGUAAUCGAAGCAUCGGAGGAAGACACCGUGCUAUUACCUGAUGAUAAUUCGUCACCGAGAUCGAGCGAACAGAUAGAACGUGGGUCACACACGUCUGUAGAAUCAAUUUCGCAGUUAUCCAACGAAUAUAUAUCACAAGCAUCCAUAGAUCAGAUUUCUCAGAUCUCAAAGGAACAGAUUUCACAAAUAUCCAGCGAUCAGAUUUAUCAGAUAUCGGAUUGCGAAACCACGAGUAUCCUUGAAAGUUCAUCGCCGCAGGAUCAAGUUAGGCCCGCGGACAUCGUUAUAGAGGAUACCAGUUUGAUUAAUAGCGAUCAAACUGAGGUAACACAGACUUCCCACGAAAAUCCAGCGGACAGCGAAUCACAAAUUCCAGAAGGAAUGGAAAUUGAUAGCGAGACUUUACAACGUAUUCAUGAACUCGAGGUACGAGGAGAAAUGCGCGAAAUGUAUGAAGAGAUUUCGGGAUGUCCAGAAGAGAUAAUAUAUCCUAUUCUUGAGGGAAUGGAAAUGGCUUCAACCAAUGCAGAAGUAACCGAGCCGCAAGUAGUGUCGGGACAAACUGAAGAUACUACGGGAACGGAUGUAAAUGUUGGUAAUGAGGAUGAAGCUCUGCGAGAGGCAAAUAAUUACGUCUGCUCUGAAAUGUUAGAAUGUAGUUGGACAGUGGAUCCGACCGUGAAUAACAUCAAUAAUAAUAAUAGGACGCAAGAAGAGUUGCAAGUACCUUGGCCUUUGGUGGCGGCCGCUCUUGAUGGAUCGGUAGCGGCUAAUAUCACAGUAACGACGCAAGAUGAAUGCAGCGAAACCUCCACAACGACCGAUUCUACAACUUCUUCGCAGCAGUUUAUUAACGCGGAUACCAACGUGGAAUCCGUUAACUGCAUUCAAUUGCCAGUUGUUCAAGGAACUACAUUUCAAUCAGACGGCUUAACUAUCAGCACCCCGGGAAGCAGUUGCGUUAUGAAGAGCUUGCAAUCGCAAAGUCCGCCGAUCAUUGCGUUUCCGCAAUUGCAAUCCAUCAGAUUUGUGCAAACGAGCUUUAAUCCGGAACAGGAAACAACAUCUUCACUGGCAAAUAACUCGUCUACGAUCUCGGCCCAGCUUCAACCCCAGCAAAGUAACACCGCGCAAGUUAACAUGAUACGAACGCAGGAUACCAUCACCCAAAUAAAUACUCAAAACAAUAAUGCGCGGAAUAAUAUGAAUCAAAACACCAUUGCGACGCCAAGUCAAGUGCAAAAUACUCUCCCGACUACAAUGGGAGUACAAUCUCAGAAUCGCGCGCAGAACGCGAUUGUUAUUCAACAUCAAACCGCUCCUUCUGUUCAACCUCGACAAAUUGCGGCUACUGUGCAUCAACAACAACAACAACAACAGCAGCAGCAGCAGCAGCAAACGCCACAACAGCAACAGCAAUAUGCUGGACCAUCUGUAGCCGUUUCGACGCGACCCUCGCGCGUGUCCAAUCAAGGCAGCCAAAGAGGCUCUAGAAAUAGUAAUAAAGAACAAGGAGGUGGUAGAUCGAGAAGCUCUACGAAAGAGCCUCCGGGUGCUGUCAAUUUGGAGCGCAGCUAUCAGAUAUGUCAAGCGGUCAUACAAAGUUCACCGAAUAGAGAUCAACUGAAGGCUCAUUUAAAGCCACCGCCAAGUUUACUUGCUAGAGGAGACGGUGCAUUCACAACCAGCAAAUCUGGUGGGCGCACCCUGACGACGGUCAAACCCCAGAAAACGCAGCAAACGAUACAACACAAUAAACAAGCUCAAAAUAAGACGCAAGCAGUUAUGCUGAGACAUGUAUUUGCUACGGCGCGUCAAGCUACAUCGACGGAGGUUACAGAAAGCACUCCUAUAGCGCAGCUUGGUUCCACCACCAGCAAUGGUCUCGGGCAAUAUAUACUUGUACAAAGGACGGGAGUUGGAGACAGUGCACCGAGAGCAUCAUCCGCUCCUCCAUUACCGCCGCAGAUCGCAGGGAUGGGCGUUGGGGUCCAUUUAGUGCGAGGAAGACCGGCGAGCGCCGGGGAGGGUUCUCAUCAGGCUGUCACCCUGAAGGCGAGAGGCGCGGAUAGCAGAGUGACAGGCGGCGCGGAACCGGGUGCACCCGGGAUGAUAAUCGGCGGCGAUCCGCCACCCCCGUGUGAAUGUAAUAUGCGAGGAGCCAUGGUAAUUUGUCGGCAGUGUGGUGCCUUCUGCCACGAUGACUGCAUCGGGCCUCAACGUAUCUGUGCUACCUGCCUCAUACGUUAAUCACUUCAUCUUCAUCCAAGCAUUCGUGUAUAAAAUUAAACCCGUUAUAAGAUAAGAGUGCUGAGCAUUCAGUUAGUAAACAGGAAAUACCAAACACGUUAUCGUAUUAAUAAAUUUAUAUAUGUAUAUAACAUAGAGACACACGUAUACAUAUAUAGA